UGCAGGAAGAAACAUGACCUAAGUGGCUCUGCCCAGAGGUGCCAGGCAUCUCCAGGGCUGCUCCUGCAGCUGGCGUGGCUCUCUCCCCAGGUGCACCAGAGGUGAUGCAGCAGCCGCGAGCGGAGACGCAUGCCAUCGGGGCUGGUGAGGGGCCACAGCGUGCAGUGCCCUGGUCGGCCUGGGUCACGCGGGAGGGCUGGGUGCGCUGGUGCGUGUGCCAUGUGCCCCCAAGCUGGACACAGUGGUGGACCACAUCAGGCUGGCGGCAACCGCUGCAGCGUGUGCUGUGGGGUCUGGAGGGAAUCCUCUACCUGCUGCUGGUGCUGAUGCUGUGCCACGCGCUCUUCACCACCGGCUCCCACCUGCUGAGCUCCUUGUGGCCCGUGGCAGCUGCAGCGUGGCUCCAUCUGCUGCCGGCUGUCCUGCUGCUGGUGCUCAGUGCCCUCCCCGCCCUGCUUUUCACCGCCUCCUUCCUGCUGCUUUUCUCCACACUGCUGAGCCUCGUGGGCCUCCUCACCUCCAUGUCUCACCCAAGCCAUGCUCAGGACUUGGACCAAUAG